AUGAUAGAAGAAAGCAUUAUGAAGCACAAAUCUAGGGAUAAAUGGAUAAAACUAGGGGAUGCAAAUACCAAAUACUUCUCAGCAGUAAUGAAAGAAAGAAAUCAUAGGAAACAAAUAAAAGAACUGAUGGGAUCCGAUGGUAACAAGAUAAACAAACAGGAGGGGAUUCAGGAAGAAAUUUUGAGAUUCUAUAAAGGCCUUAUGGACACAGCAACUGUGAAUCUAACAACAGUUAAUAGAGAAGUAAUGAAGAAGGGGCCUACAUUGAACAAAGAGCAGAGAAUGAUCCUAAACACAGAAGUAACCAGACAGGAAGUGUAUGAAGGGCUAAAAGGAAUAGGAGAUGAUAAGGCACCAGGGAUAGAUGGCUAUAAUGCAGUAUUUUUAAAGAGAGCAUGGCACAUUAUAGGUGAUGAGGUGACUAAAGCAGUACAAGAAGAUUCUAGAAUGCAGAAGAUACUAGGAGGGAUCGUUUGUGAUGCACAAGCUGGAUUUGUACCAGGGAGGAGAAUAGGAGACAACAUUAUUCUGGCUCAUGAAUUAGUUAAAGGUUACACAAGGAAGCAUAUAACACCAAGAUGCAUGAUCAAGAUUGACUUACAAAAAGCCUAUGACUCAGUUGAAUGGAGCUACUUGGAGUAG